CUCCUCCCUCUUCCUCCUCCCCCCUCCCCUCCUCUCUUCCUGCUCUGCUCCUCCCUCCUCCCUCCCCUCUUGUCGCGGUGUAUUUCGGGAGGUGGAGGUAGUGGAGCUCCUUGGUUUUCGCCUCCUCCAUCAGAACAAACACAGUUAUGGUUCCGCCCCGGGGAGACACACGCACAUCUACCCGCGGCUAGUGACCCGAUCCCGGACACUUUUCUCUCCCUUCACCGCCACCCCACUUCCAGCCGAGCCGAGGGAGAGGAUCUAGAGGGCGGACUGGACCGAGGAGGAAGAGCCGGUGAUGUGACGCUGCACAUCCGCCGCUUUCUUUAAAUACAGCCGCAGUUCGCCAGCCAUUGAUUUAUUUUACCCGGAAAUUUCUCUGCGUCCUGAAAUGAAACCGCAGCCGGUUGUUGGUUCUUUUUUCCGGGACAGUUUCUCCGUGGGAGCCGCCGGUUCGUCCCCACAAACAUCACGUUAGCUAGCUAACAGGAAACAGCCUCCCCCUUUCCCCCGUGGUGGUCGCGGUUGCGGGGAACCUACAGCCGUGUGCCCCCCUUUUCCUCCGUCCUCCCUGGAUGUGUCUCUCGCCUUUGUCCCCAGAUGCAGCUCAACGUGAGCCGGUGAGCAGCGGCGUGUGUAGCGGACGGUUAGUGUGGGCCGACAUGGUGCGAUAACGUUAGUGACGGGAUCCGGGGGGGGGACGAAGCGGAGUGGGGGCCUCGGUCUGGGCUGUUGUUUUCAGCGUGUCCCUCUGAGGAGGCUCGGUCUCCGGCCAUGAGGUGACGGUCGCUCCCGUGUUUGUUUUUGUUUAACGCAUUAAAUUAAGCUGGAUCACUGCCGGUGAUCCGUGCUGCCUUCACGGACUGGAACAAUGAGGGCGGUGUGAGACGCGAGGCGGUGUUUUUCUGAUCCGGGUGCGAGUGACAACCAGGCUGAUCCGGGGGCUGGUGUGUUUUUUUUUUCUACCCCCGCUGUGAACACAAACCUUCGGCCCACUUGUUGUUUUCCACCCCCUGGACGGCGGAGAGCACUCGGGGACAAACAUGUCUCUACGCACGGCGCUGCCGGGGACCGAGCGGAAACCAGACCAUCAUACCUCCCUGUCGGCGAGCCGCUCAGAGAAGGGUACUGGCUGGUCAAGCCGCUCACUUGGGGCCAGAUGUCGUAACUCCAUCGCUUUGUGUUCGGACGAGCAGCCGCACAUCGGAAACUACCGACUGCUCAAAACUAUCGGCAAGGGGAACUUUGCCAAGGUCAAACUGGCACGGCACAUACUAACCGGCAGAGAGGUUGCAAUAAAGAUCAUCGAUAAAACACAACUCAACCCAACCAGCCUCCAGAAGCUGUUUCGAGAGGUACGCAUCAUGAAGACUCUCAACCAUCCUAACAUAGUGCAGCUGUUUGAGGUGAUUGAGACGGAGAAGACGCUCUACCUGAUCAUGGAGUACGCCAGCGGAGGCGAAGUGUUCGACUACCUCGUGGCUCGCGGCAGAAUGAGGGAGAAAGAGGCCAGAGCUAAGUUCAGACAGAUUGUGUCAGCGGUUCACUACUGUCACCUGAAGAAAAUUGUUCACAGAGACUUGAAGGCGGAGAACUUGCUGCUAGACGCAGAUUCCAACAUUAAAAUAGCCGACUUUGGCUUCAGUAACGAGUUCACUGCAGGCAGUAAACUGGACACGUUCUGCGGCUCCCCGCCCUACGCCGCCCCAGAGCUCUUCCAGGGUAAGAAGUACGACGGUCCAGAGGUGGACAUCUGGAGCCUGGGCGUCAUCCUGUACACGCUGGUCAGUGGGUCAUUGCCCUUUGAUGGACAGAACCUAAAGGAGCUGCGGGAGCGUGUUCUGAGGGGGAAAUACCGCGUUCCCUUCUACAUGUCCACAGACUGCGAGGGUAUCCUGCGCCGCUUCCUGGUCCUCAACCCCACCAAACGCUGCUCGCUGGAGCAAAUAAUGAAAGAUAAGUGGAUCAAUGUCGGGUUUGACUCCGAGGAGCUGAAGCCCCACGGAGAGCCUGUGGAGGACUUCAAUGAUAACGGUCGCAUUGAUGUGAUGGUGGGGAUGGGCUUCACCAGGGACGAGAUCAGAGAUUCUCUGGUUAGUCAGAAAUACAAUGAGGUCACCGCCACAUACCUGCUGCUGGGAUGCAAGAAUGAGACUGAUGGCAGUGAGUCUCGGACGGGCAGCAGUCUGAGUCUCGCUCGAGUCCGGCCCGGCACCAUCACCAACGGAACCAGCAAACACUCCACUUCCUCUUCCUCCUCUGGUGCACCAUCUACAUCCUCUGGCCACAAGGCACAGCGCAGCGCCUCGACGUACCACCGCCAGAGACGACAUUCGGACUUCUGUGGUCCAGCGGUUCCAGGAUCCACGCACCCCAAGCAGAGUCCCAGUGGUGUCGGCGAAGGGGCGGGACUCAAAGAGGAGCGACUCUCAAUACGCAAGCCGAGCACCAAUACCGUCAGCUCCCGUAGCACCCCGACCCCCUCUAGUCCCAUGGUUAGCUCUGCUCACAACCCAAAUAAGGCAGAGAUACCUGACCGGCGCAAGGAAGUGAGCUCCACCACGAAUAACGUCCCUGCUAGUGCCAUGACUCGAAGAAACACGUACGUCUGUACGGACCGAUCCAGCACUGACAGACAGCCACUGCUGCAAAACGGCAAGGAGAACAGUACCUUAUCCCAUCGCCUUCCCCCUGCUUCCCCCUCCACCCACAGCAUCGCUGGCGCCUCUGGGGCCUCCUCUUCAUCCUCAACACCCUCCUCCCGCCUCUCCAGGGGAUCCACGGUAAGGAGCACUUUCCACGGAGGGCAGAUCAGGGACCGUCGUCCUCCCUCUCAUGCUCGCCCAGCGACCCCCACGCCACCCCACGAUGCCCAUGCCAGGACCCGGGCCACAGGCAACCUGUUCAGCAAGCUCACCUCCAAGUUGACCCGCAGGGUCACUCUUGACCCUACUAAACGUCAGAGCUCAAACAAGUCCAUGUCGGGCUGCACCCUCCCACAGGGGACAAAAACAGUUAGGUCACAGACGAACCUGAGAGAAUCAGCAGAUCUCCGGUCACAAGCCUCAGCUGCUCCAGUCCAGUGUCAGUCUCAGAUUAAAAACAGCAGUCGCCAUCUAUCUGGGCAUCAGAAAGCGGCCGAGCCCCGGACCCCCCGAUGCGGCUGGGAUGUAAGGGUGCGGAGCCCCCGCGACCCGGCCGAGGUGGUGCUAGCACUGCGUGAGGCGGCGCAGGGCUGUGGCUGCCAGGUCCACCUGGCAGGGCCUUUCCUCCUGUCCUGUACCCACGGAGCAGCCGGCGCCCGGGUGGCGUUUGAGGCCGAGGUCUGCCAGCUGCCCAGCGGGCUGGGCCAGAGCAGCGGUGUGAGGUUCAAGCGCCUGUGGGGGGCACCGUUAGCCUUUAGAGACAUCGCCACCAAAGUGUCCAAGGAGCUGGAGCUCUGAGGGCGACAGGAGGCGGGGCAGAACUGAUGACCAACAGGACAGGUUGAUGGAGGAGGAGGAGGAGAUGGCAGAGAGCAUCGCCUCCUCUUCCUCCCUGGGUUCCACCUCAUGUGAUGCGGCUAGCGAUGCCUCGCCUCCACCAAAGACCCUCUUCCUCUGAUGCCACCAAUCACAGCCAGACAAACAGAUGCACAGACACGGAUAGACGCCAUCGGCAGACUUAUGAUGACUUUGACCUUGGAGAUGUCAGUGACCUACGACCCCUGCUUAAAAUGUCACCACCUCCAUCUUAUGUGAGCCCAUGGAGUCAAACUGUUUUUUUUUUUCUUCACGAUUUCAUGUUUGAUGAUAAGAAUGGUGUUGAGUGAUGGAGACUGAGGAUUUGUUGUUGUUAAUGUUGUUUUUUCCUGUUGUACCACAUUUGUCAUCAUUCCCGUUUAAAGAGCUGCUAUUUAAAGAAAUGUUUUAGAUUUUCUGUGUAUUAAGUUUAUUUUCUUUCUUUAAUGCUUUUGAAAUGGGCAGAGGUUUGACAUCUGUUGUCGUCCUCGGAAGCGGCCGCCACGUAUUUAAUGUAGUGAGGGCGCAGUCUGACCUCUGGCCUGUAGAGGGAGACAUGCAGAACUGCAGAGACUUGUGACAGACUGAAUGAAGAACCUCCACCUCUCUGCCCUUCCUUUGGAAAAAGACUGUUUUAACGCUCAGUUGGGUGUUUGCACCAUUUCUGGUCAAGUGUUGUCCUCUCUGCAGGUGAGUUCUUUUACAGACGAGUGAAGCUGCCUAAUGAAACAGGACCCGAGCUGAAAGGUUGAGAACCUGAUCAUUUGAGCUUCGGCUCUGCGUCUUAAAAAUACUGAACUUGGCCCCGAGAUCUGUUCCUCAACAUGUUGUCAACAAGCAGAAAUCCUUUUUAACACUUGAAAACUACAGAAAACAUUUUGUUGGUUUGGAAAAAUCUGGAUCUGCACCUGGAAUCACAGUUUGAGUUCAUAUUUUCUUUUUUUGUCACAACAGGAUUUCUCAGCUCUGUGUUUAUUUUACAGCAGUUUCUAAUCUGGAUGUACACAAACAACAGAGCCGCUUAAUAUGAAUUAUUAUAAAACCAAUACUCUAUUGAACUAAUAUCAGCUCAAAUACAUAAACUUUUUUUUUAGCACAUAUCGAAUGCUUUUAUUCUUCAGUGCCACAAAUACUGAAAAAUCUAAAUUUCUCAUCCAAUACAAGUUUUCAAUUUGAUCACCGGUCAAAUGUUGUGGCUUUUAUUCUUGACUAAUCUUAGCUUUUAUCUGGUGUGAUUGUAAUUUAACACUGAAUGAUACAGAAACAAGAAAGGCAGAUAUUAAAUAAUUCAAAAACAAUGAAUGAAACCUGAUCCAACAUGACUUAAGACUUAACUUGUUGGUUUCUCAAAGUUUUCACUUAAAAUGAAUAAAUAUAUGUAACUCGUACUGGUUUAGAAUACAUGGAGGUUUAGCUGACGUAGUUCUCCUGGUAGCACUUUGUCAUAUCUCUACUGUGUCACCUGUCAGGAGGCCUUCAUCAUCUCGUCCCUCAGGUGAAGUGCAAUACAGACCCAAGGUCCAGAAUUCAGACUUGAAAAAUAAUUGAUAUGGCUCAUUUUUUAUAUUUCUGAUAUGUUGUUCAAAUCAUCAAGCACUUUUUGUUUUGCCUUUUUAGUCGGGAUGUGAUGUGUGUUAAAUUCAUCUGCAUUUAAAUUUGUUUUAACUGUUAAAACUCCCACAUUCAAAUUGAUAAUUUAAACAUUGAAAGCCUUUAUUUCCUUUACGUACAUGUACAGAGCCAUAAUGACUUCUUGGCAUCAUUCGCUCUCCACAGCAAAACCAGAUCUAAUUCGAAUAAUAAAAAAAUCAGCAGGAGUGAUUGUUUCAUAAAACAAUCAGAAACCGAGUCCGCCAGGUGCUGCAUCGAUCACGAGACGCCCCCUAAAAUGGAAUCGUGUUCUUCUUUAAAAACCAUUAUACAAUUAAAAUGUGCAUUUUUGACGUUGCAGCAUCGAACAAAACACUGAUGGCAAACUGAAGUCGAGAUGUUUCCGCAGAUGCUUCGUGAUCUUUACGGCCGUGAGGUUCACGUGUUGAUGGGAGAUUUCAGCUGCCGCCACGUCCACUGUCUGAAAAUGUGAAGCUGUGAUUUAGGGCUAGUUUUUUUUUGCGUACAACUGGGCCUCACUCUCUGAACCUGUUCUAGAUCCAGUUAGGGCUGUGCUUUGUAUAGUGUGUUUGAAGCUGUCGCUGUUAUAAACAAAACUUAACUUAUGGGCUGAAAUUACAGAAAUGAUUGACCUGCAAUCCUGCAUGUCUCCUAAGAAAUAAUGUGUGACACAAAAAUAAAGACUUUCAACUUUCA